AUAAUUCAUUCUCUGCUCGGGGUCGAGCUAAGUUAGUUGUCACUUUUUGAAAGCAUUGGAAGUAUAAAGAGACACUGUUUCAAGUUCACUCCCGGCUGAAAUUGCGUAUAUUUAUUUAUUUUCAUCUUUGUAUCUUUCCACAUAUUCACAUUAACCGCUGCAGUGGCCAUUGCCCGCAUUCAACACACACACACACACAAAUCACGCAUAACUAUGGCCGAUAGCGCAGGCGAUGUUGGCCCAAAGGUGUCAUCGCCAGCGGCCAACGCGCUUAUCUACGUAACGCUUAUCGCGUUUUUAGCUCUGGGUCUGUUUGCGGGAUGGCGGUCGCAUCGCAACGCCGGUCUGUUUCUCAAGGCAAUCAAGUCGCAAUCAGUAUGGUCGCUGUCGUUCAACUUUCUCGCAAUAAAUGUCGGAUCAAGCAUAUUCUUCUCGCUGCCCGAAGUUGGCACCAUUGCCGGCAUAACCGGCGUGUUUGCAUAUGCGUUUGCCGCAGGCGCGCCUUUGUUCCUGUUUGCAAUUGUCGGACCGCUCUUCCGAAAGCACAAUUCAAAGCAGUGGUCGAUGACCGCGUUUGUCAUGGAACGCUACGGCCGGCCACUGCACAUUGUGUACGGGAUUAUUUGCACGCUGUUUGUUGGCAUGUACUUGGUCAGCGAGCUGACCACAAUUUAUAGUGUGUUUCAGCUGCUGACUCCGGUGAAACCGUUGGUGCCCAUGAUCAUCGUGUGCAUAGUGACCACGAUAUACACGUCCUUUGGUGGUGUGUUUGCCUCGUUGAUGACCGACGCAAUCCAAUGUGUCUUAGUGUUUGUGCUGAUUAUAGUUGCCACCAUUGCGGUUGGCGUCAGCGUGCGCCCAUCCAAAGAAGAUAUCGAGCGAGUCGGACUCGUCAAGCCGACAAAAAUGGGUGGUGAGUUGUUUGUGAUCCUCACACUCGCCAUUGCCUUCUCCGACAUGUACCACCAGGGCUUUUGGCAGCGCACAUUUGCGUCACGCAACGACAAGGAUUUGCGGUGGGCGACAUUUUACGGGUUCUGGCUGGUUUUCAUUAUAUACGCGCUUGUUGGCAUGGCUGGUCCAUUGGCCGCUUGGGCCGGAACGUGGUCCCCUGACUCUGGCGUGCCCGGGGCCAGCGCAUUCUUUACGAUUAUCGCCUCAAUGUCCGGAUGGGUUUCAGGUCUGACACUCGUUCUGACCACAUCGCUCAGCUGCUGCGCCAUCGACACAUGUCAGACAGCAAUGUUUGCGUCGCUCUACGAUCUCGUUGAAGAAAAAGUCAGUAUAUCGGUCGUGCGCAUCGUCGUCAUUCUUUUAAAUGUGCCGGUUAUAUUUAUUGCCAUGCGUGCACCCGACAUUCUGCAAGUGUAUUUGCUGGCCGACCUUCUGGCAAGCGCUACCAUUAUGCCGGUAUUGUUUGGGUUGAUUCGGCAGCUAAACUUUAUCCAUUGGACCGAUGUGAUGGCCGGAUGCUUUGGCGGCGUCAUCAGCGUUGGCGCCUUUGGGCAGGCGUACCUUGGAAACCGCCACGACGGCUGGCGUCUUCUGCUGCUCGACGGCGGCCUGUAUGUGAACGACGAGCGUGUCCUGGGUGCUUUCUGCUUUGCGCCGCUGGGAUCCGUUGUGUUUACGUUCUUUUUUGCUGGCUUGCGGAUGGGCGUCACCAGGCUUCUCGGCUGUCGCCAAUAUUGGUAUGUCAACACGAUAUCAUACUCAGACGAAGAGGAAAAGCGUGCCGUGGUUUCGGGCUUUGAAAAGCCAACCGGGCGCUUUCAGGACGACGAGGCAGACAAAAAGCUACCAGUGAUGGACAAUGUCUCACGAUUGAGCCAAAUCUGAUGCAAAUUGCCUGCGGAUUCUGUACUAUAUAACCCCUAUUAUUAUACACCAGCAAAAAAACAAUAACACAAGAACUUUUAGAAAC